AAUUUGUUGCUAUGUUGCAUAGAUGGCGCGGCGAACUUGUAAACUGCGUAUGCCGAACUGACGUUUUUGGUUAUUUUUGUUCUCGCCUCGUGUUUACUUUAGUGUCUAAUUUCGGUCCAAUUGCGAAAAUUCAGUUGUGCAACAACCAAAAGGUUAAUAUUUCGUUCAUUUAAGACAUCUCCGUACUUUAUAUUAUCGAUCCGCUCUUCCGGACUAGGUAUAUGUAUACAUUAUUAUCACGUGGUGGUGUGGUGGUUUAUAUAAUUCUUGUUUACCGCACAAGUAGAAACUUUGCGCAUGUGCGUCCCGUCAGUAACCUCAAAUUGUAAAGGCACGGGUUCGGCAGGUUCCGGAUAUCCGGGUCGCGACGCGGCGGCGGUGGUUCUCGCGGCGGUAUUGUGAUGUGCCCUCGUGCAAGGCGUUCGCGCCCCGCGUGUGGACAGCGUUGGUGAUAUCGUCCGUGCGCGCCUGCCAUGGCCCAGGCUCAGUUUACGCGGAGCUCAGAGAGCGACGCGUGGGCGCUGCUCUCGCUGAAGUCGCCCCCGUCGCCUUCCAAGGUGCAGUGGGCCCAGGAGCCGGCCCCUAUCGCGAUCGCGAGGCUUGACGGCCGCGACUUCGAGUACCUCAUCCGGCAGAAGCGUGUCGUGAUCGGCCGGAACUCUAGUAGAGGUCAAGUGGACGUUAACAUGGGACACUCUAGUUUUAUAUCGCGCAGACAUCUCGAACUGUUCUACGACCACCCGGAGUUUUACCUGACGUGCAACAGCAAGAAUGGCGUGCUGGUGGACGGCGUGUUCCAGCGGAAGGGCUCCGCCGCCAUGCUGCUGCCUAAGAGAUGCACACUCCGCUUCCCAUCCACGAGCAUCCGGCUGGAGUUCCAGUCGCUGGUGGAGGAAAGCGGCGGCGGCGCGGGCGGGAGCUCGGCGCCCAUGCCGCCGCUGCGGAUCACCAUCCCCACGGACAGCGACGGCCGGAGCCCGGCGCCCUCGCCUACAGGCACGAUAAGCGCCGCCAAUAGUUGUCCGACGUCGCCGCGCGGCGCGGGCUCCUCGGGCCGGAGACACGCCGACCUCGGGCUCGUCGCGCACUACGCGGCGCUGGCUGACCAUGCGCGGCCCAACUCUAAUGGGACCGCUGCAUCCUCGUCGAACUCGGACAGCGGCUACGGCAGCACGCGCGACGUGCGCGACGUGCGUGACGUGCGCGACGUGCGGGACGUGCGCGAGGCGCGCGAGGCGCGGGAGGCGCGCGAGCCGCGGGACGACGCCAAGCCGCCCUACAGCUACGCGCAGCUCAUCGUGCAGGCCGUGGCCUCCGCGCCCGACAAGCAGCUCACGCUCAGCGGCAUCUACAGCUACAUCACCAAGCACUACCCCUACUACCGCACCGCCGACAAGGGCUGGCAGAACUCUAUUCGUCACAAUUUAUCGCUCAAUAGAUACUUCAUCAAAGUGCCGCGCAGCCAGGAGGAGCCGGGCAAGGGUAGCUUCUGGCGCAUCGACCCGCAGAGCGAGGGCAAGCUCAUCGAGCUCGCCUUCCGCCCGCGACGCCCGCGGGGCGUGCAGUUCCGGGCGCCCUUUGGACUCUCCUCCAGGAGCGCGCCCACGUCGCCCUCGCAGGUGGGCGUGUCGGGGCUCGUCACGCCCGAGGAGCUGUCGCGCGAGCCCACGCCGGACCUGUUCCCGCCCGAGGACCACGACCACCAGCAGGCGAGUCAGCAGCGGCUGAGCAACAGCAACAGCCAGUCGACCCAGUAUCUGUAUCCGCAGCGUAGCGGCGUCAGCCAGAGUGCGCCCGGGUCACCAGGUCACGGGCUGGCGUAUAGUUCCGCCGGCGGCGCGCUGGUGAUGGCCGGCCAUCAAAUCACCGUCGUCACCAACGGCGCCGGCGGCGAGAGAGAAGAGAAGUACGUGGUAGGCACGACCGGCGGUAACCUGGUGUCCAUCCAGGAGGAGGACGUGCCUGCCAACGUCGUCAUACACCAGCACUCGCCUUAUUACAGCGGCGGCUACGGCGGCUCGGGCGAGGAGUGCGGCGCGGUGGGCGGCGAGCUGGUGAUCUCGGAGGCGGGCGCGUCGCCGCCGCACAAGCGCGCGCGCCACGCCGCGCUCGGCAGCCGCGCGCAGCCCGGCGGCGCCUAG